CGCUCGUAUAUAUAUCGCCAUUUAGAUGUUCAUGUCAAUAGAAAGAGCCAUCGAGACAGCUAUACGAACAAUUGCUUCACACCUUUGCUCAGCGCCGACCGCGUUGUGAUUCUUCACCAAACAUGCCGAUCGGACCGGGCUUCAUAGAAGCAAAAACCAUCACCGAAGACGAAAACACACUGACUAGUGAGCAUCAUGCUGCCGAUACUCACGUUGAGACAGAACGUGACCGCGAAGUUCAUGAACUCGUCCGCAAAUUCACCUCACAAGCAGAGCAACACGGUGCGACGGGAUCACCGUUGUCUGAUGAUGUUCCUCCACAGCUAGAUCCCAAGAGCGAACAGUUUCGUGCGAAGGACUGGGCCCAAGCGUUCUACAAUUUGCGCUACAGCAGCGAAGAUACGAUUCCUCGUGUUGCAGGGGUUGCCUUUCGAAAUCUCAAUGUAUGGGGCAUGGGAUCCCCUACAGACUUUCAGUCUACAGUCGGUAAUAUGAUACUCAAGUUGCCUUCGCUUUUUGGAAAAGGCGCGAAGAAGAUUGAGAUUUUGCGCGACCUUGAUGGAUUGCUACUACCUGGAGAACAACUAUGUGUUCUCGGCCCACCAGGAUCCGGAUGUUCUACAUUACUCAAGACUAUCGCGGGUGAGACUCAUGGUUUCCAGGUUAGCCCUGAGUCACACCUUAACUAUCAGGGCAUUCCAGCCAAAGAGAUGAACACUUCUUUUCGAGGAGAGGCCAUCUACACGGCAGAGGUUGACGCCCACUUUCCUCAGCUCAGUGUUGGUGACACACUCUAUUUCGCUGCUCUUGCCCGUGCCCCGCGUCAGAUUCCUGGUGGCGUCAGUAGGGAACGCUACGCUGAGCAUCUCCGCGAUGUUGUGAUGGCUAUGUAUGGUGUCUCGCAUACAGCCAACACACGCGUUGGUAACGACUUUGUGCGAGGUGUUAGUGGUGGCGAACGCAAGAGAGUAACGAUCGCAGAAGCUUCUCUCAGUUUUGCGCCUCUGCAGCUGUGGGAUAACUCUACACGUGGAUUGGAUUCUGCGAACGCAGUAGAGUUCUGUAAGACGCUCAGAACACAAUGUGACGUCUUUAACACAUCUACUUGUGUUGCCAUCUAUCAAGCUCCACAAGCUGCUUAUGAGCUCUUUGAGAAGGUGACAGUUCUCUAUGAGGGUCGCCAGAUCUACUUUGGCCCAGCAAGCGAAGCGCGUGCCUAUUUUGAGCGCCUUGGCUUCGAAUGUCCUACAUCACAGACUACCCCGGAUUUUCUGACUUCGAUGACAUCUCCUUCUGAGCGCCGUAUCAGAAAAGGCUUAGAAAACAAGACGCCCCGCACGUCAGAUGACUUUGCGCAAUGCUGGAAGACGAGUCCCGAAAGACAGCAGCUGUUGAGGGCGAUCGAAGACUUUGACAAAAGUUACCCACUCCAAGGCGAACAGCGCAAUCUCUUCGCGUUAUCGAGGACGAAGGAGAAGUCUAGCAAGCAGCGUCAGAACUCUCCAUAUACACUUUCCUACUGGGGGCAGGUUCGCCUCUGUAUGUGGAGAGAUGUGCAACGAAUCAAGAACGACCCGAGUGUCUCAUUGACAAUGCUCGCUGUAAACUUUACCGAAGCAAUUAUCAUCUCUAGUAUCUUUUUCAACUUACCCGAAAACACUGCGUCGUUCUUCAAACGAGGAGGAGUCAUAUUCAUGGUCAUCAUACUUAACGCUUUCGGCAGCAUGUUAGAGAUUAUGAAUCUCUAUGCCAAACGAACAAUCAUUGAGAAGCACAACCGUUAUGCACUAUAUCAUCCCAGCGCCGAAGCACUAGCUUCAAUGAUCGUGGACAUUCCGUAUAAAGUUUUAAACUGCAUUUUCGUCAACACCACACUCUAUUUCAUGGCCAACCUCCGUCGAGAUGCUGGCUCAUUCUUCUUCUUCCUUCUCGUUGGGUUCACUACCGGUCUGUCCAUGAGCAUGUUCUUCCGACUGCUUGCUUCGAUGACCAAGACUCUCGCACAGGCCUUCGCACCGAGUUCCCUUAUCCUUUUGAUGCUGGUUCUCUACAGCGGCUUUCCCCUACCCGUUCCUUAUAUGAAGUCAUGGAUAGGUUGGGUGCGACACAUCAACCCUGUAUCGUAUGGAUUUUCGAGCGUGAUGAGCAAUGAGUUCAACGGUCGAUCGUUUGGCUGUUCGUCAUUCAUUCCAUCCGGACUAUCCUACGAAAACGCUACACUGGAGCAGCGAGCAUGCGCCGUCCAAGGUUCACGACCUGGUGAGGGAUUUGUCAGUGGUACCGCAUACGUCGAGACUGCAUUCCAAUACAAAUUCAGCGAGCGGUGGCGAAACUAUGGCAUACUUGUGGCCAUAACUUUCGCACUGUUCGUCAUCCACCUGGUUAUGAGCGAACUGGUUGCUUCCGAGCGCUCCAAGGGCGAGGUUCUGGUAUUCCGUCGAUCCAAGAUGAAGAAGAUGGCCAAGCGUCAGAACACGGACGAAGAGGCGGGCGGUGCAACUGCCCAUGAAGGCGAGAAGCUUAGCCGCAGCAACAGCUCUAAUCGGGAAGUGCAGGAGCAGGUCUCAAUCUUCCACUGGGAAAAGGUUACCUAUGAAGUGCAGAUCAAGGGCGAAACGCGCAAGAUUCUUGAUGAUGUCGACGGAUACAUCAAGCCUGGCACUCUCACAGCUCUCAUGGGCGUAUCUGGUGCAGGCAAGACUACAUUACUUGACGUGCUGGCCAGCCGAACUACCAUGGGUGUCAUCGGUGGUGAUAUCUUCGUAGACGGCCGACGACGAGACGAGUCCUUUCAACGACAAACUGGCUACUGCAUGCAACAAGAUAUUCAUCUGGAUACAUCGACUGUACGAGAAGCUCUAGAGUUUUCUGCUCUACUGAGACAGCCGCCGGAAUAUGGUCGUGAAGAGAGAUUGGCAUAUGUCGAUCACGUCAUCCAGCUCUUGGAUAUGGAACAGUAUGCAGAUGCCGUUGUUGGUAUUCCAGGAUCAGGCCUCAAUGUAGAGCAACGCAAACGUCUAACCAUUGGAGUUGAGCUCGCCGCCCGUCCGAAGCUACUCCUCUUCCUUGAUGAGCCUACAUCUGGUCUUGAUUCCCAGACAUCAUGGUCCAUCUGUGAUCUCAUGGAGAAACUGACUAGAGACGGCCAAGCAAUUCUGUGCACUGUACACCAGCCAUCAUCCCUUCUCUUUCAACGAUUCGAUCGCCUCCUCUUACUCGCCAAAGGUGGACGUACAGUGUACUUUGGCGACAUUGGGCGCGACUCCAAUAUACUCCUCGACUAUUUCUACCGCAACGGCGCACCGGCAUGUCCUCCUGGCACGAAUCCAGCCGAGUACAUGCUCGAAGCAAUUGGUGCAGCGCCCGGAGCCAAAACCGAGAUUGACUGGCCUACGGUCUGGAAGAGCAGUUCAGAAUUCGAGCAAGUCCAAAUGGAGCUGGAAAAGUUACGCCAACUAGUCAACCAACCCUCCGCUGUUAUGGACGCCGCAAAAGGCAGCCACCAAGCCUUCGCCGCAUCCUUCGCCGACCAAUUUCGCGCCGUCGCUCUCCGCUGUGCCCAACAAUACUGGCGAACCCCCUCCUACAUGUACUCCAAAGCCAUUUUAACUAUCGGUUGCUCCCUCAUGAUCGGCUUCUCCUUCAUCGACGGCACAAACACAAUGCAAGGCCUGCAAAACCAAAUGUUUGGCGUCUUCAUCUUCCUCUUCGUCGUCAUCCAGCUCAUCUACCAAAUCCUGCCCAUGUGGAUCUUGCAGCGCACCCUCUACGAAGCCCGCGAGCGUCAGUCCAAAACGUACGCCUGGCAGGCCUUUGUGCUGUCCAACAUCGCCAUCGAAAUGUUCUGGAACGCUAUCAUGGCGAUUGCUUGCUACUUCGCGUGGUACUAUCCCGCGGGCUUGUAUCGCAACGCGCAAGCCACGGAUUCCGUCAACAUCCGCGGUUUCCACACGCUCCUCAUCAUCAUUGCCGUCUUCGUCUUCGCAAGCACCCUCGCACACCUACUCAUUGCUGGGUCCCCCAGCGAAGAAAUCGCAGGAGCGUACGCGACGUUGCUCACGAUUAUGAUGUACGCUUUCUGCGGCAUUCUGGCUUCUAAGGAUGAUCUCCCGGGAUUCUGGAUGUUCAUGUAUCGUGUUAAUCCGUUUACGUAUCUUGUAUCGAGCUUUUUGUCUACGACGCUCGGACAGGCUCCCGCGCAUUGUGCGGAGAAUGAGUUUCAGAAUUUCUUUGCGCCAGAGGGACAGACGUGUGGGGAGUACAUGGCGGAGUAUAUCAGUAUGGCUGGAGGGUACCUAAGGGAUGCGAAUGCGACGGAAUGUGGGUACUGUCAGUUGGAUAGUACGGACCAGUUCUUGAGCAGGGUGCAUGUGAAUUGGGAUACGAGGUGGAGGGACUUUGGGCUCUUGUGGGUGUACGUUGUGUUUAACAUUGGGGCGGCGGUGUUGUUGUAUUGGGUAUUCCGUGUGCCUAAGGGGAAGAAGAGGCAGUAGAUUUCUUCGUUCCUUCCGUUCUUUAGAGUUUAGACCUUAGACUAGUAAUACUGU